GAGACGAGGAGGCACGUGUGAUGAGAAAACAGGCGUCCAGUCGAGGCCAACCAUUUGCAGGAGGUGCAGUAGAGAUGGCGCUUCCUGUUCAAUAGCGAUACAAGCGGAAGGAGCACACCGCGAGAGUAAGAGCAAAGAGCGUGAGAGCUGCAGAAUUGUCUCACCAUUAUAACAAGAUGAUGGAGUCCACAGGGAAACGUGUGCUGUUCAUCGCAGUCUCUAGCCUGUGCUUAGGGGUAUGCUACUGCGUCAGAGGAGGUACGGACGCUAUCCAGGGUAUCGCAGUUCCUCGCAACAAAUUCAUCGUGCCAGUGGUGUGUUAUUACUACGGCUGGGCCAUUUCCAGGCCAAGGCCUAUGAACUACAAGGUUGAAGAUGUCCCUCUGGACAUGUGUACAUACGUCGUUUUAGCAUUCGCGGGAAUAGACAGGAACACGUGGGGGUUGAAGAGCAUCAUACCCACCUACCGAAGGAAUGAAACCCUCUACAAGAACUUUACAAAUCUGAAGACAAAACACCUGUACCUGCGAACCAUGCUGGCUGUCGGCGGCUGGGAAACAGACGGAAAGCUCUUCUCCGAGAUGGCGAGCGACCCGAACAGGAGGGCGGCAUUCGUACAGAGUGCGCUAAACUGGAUGCUGGACUAUGAGUUUGAUGGACUAGAAGUCAUCUGGAUGUACCCUGGCUACGAGCCCCGCGGUGGCUCGGGAGUGGACAAAGAAAAUUUCGUGCAACUCAUGAAGGAACUGAAGAAAGCGUUUAAACCACACCCGCUGUUCCUCACUGCUGCAGUUCCCCUGGAGAAGUCGUACGUGGAGCAAGGCUAUGACAUACCACGUCUUGCAGAGAACAUUGACUGGUUCAACGUGCUCGCCUUUGAUUUGCGUGGAACGUGGAACCGAUUCACAGACGUCCACGGCAUCCUGUACAAGAGAGAAGGCGACAGAAAGUACUUCCAAGAACUAACCAUUGAAGAAGGAAUGAAGCGGUUGGCUCGACUGGGAGCUCCGAAACAAAAGCUCAUGCUGGGAAUCGCCUUCUUCGGACGCUCUUACGUCUUGAGAGACCCGAACAGACAUGGCAUCAGGGCACCAAUAAAGACGAAUGUCAAGGCCCAAGCGGGACCAUUCGUCAGAUCUGAUGAGGUCAUCGGGUACUACGAAAUUUGUCCUCACGUCAAUUCCGGAGCUUGGCACCGUGUGUUUGACGAAGAGGCGAAGUGUCCGUAUGUGUACCACGACGACCAGUGGAUAGGCUACGAAGACGGAGAAAGCGUCGGGCACAAGAUGGACUUCAUCAUUCGAGAAGGCUACAGAGGAGUGAUGGUGUUCAACAACGACCUGGACGACUUUAAGGGUGUCUGUGGCCCAAAGGAUCCGCUUAUGACUGUCAUAUUCAACAAGGUCGGAGAACAGGAAGUGGAACGCCAGAAAGCCGAGCGAAUGCUGCAAUUAGGAUUGAACACUUCAGAACCCUACACGAACUUGGAAUUUACCCCAAAGUUGCAAGAUUACCCAAAACAGGAACAAGUUCCACAAGAACUCCAAAGUAACAAGUUGCGUUACAAUAUAAGUUACAGUGGAGAGCUGCUUGCAGCUAAUAUACCCCCAACAUUGAUAAACAUAAAGCCCAUGGUUGCUCCUCCCAACGACGAGCUGGAUCCACUGCGACGAGAUAUCGAGGAAAGGAGAAAUCCUCCUCGCCAGGUGCUGUCCAGGGACGUUUUGUGUACCUCGAAAAACAGCGCAGUUUCAUUUAACCUACAACCUUCUUUCGAAAUCGAUACGAACCGUGCCAGCUACCGUUGCCAGACAAUGAGAUCAUCGCACGUUCUGUCGAAGCAACACUUCAAAGUCAUGUGGCCAUUCUACGCCUUCCUGUGUGCCCAAUUAAUACAGCCGUUACUAGCAGAAAAUACGUUCAUAAGCAGAGGUGGAAUACCUGUCGUCUGCUAUUACAACGGCUUGGCCACGAAGAGGUGGAGCCCCAUGAACUACAACAUCGAAGACAUUCCAGGUGAUCUGUGCACGCACGUCAACCUGGCGUACGUCGGGAUUGACCAGGAUAAGUCAGACAUAAAAUCGCUAAUCCCAUCGUACAGGAAUAUCACAGAACUCUACAAAGAAUUCAGCGCCUUAAAGAACAGGUUUCUCAUACUGGAGACCAUGAUUUCUAUUGGAGGAUGGGACCAUGGAGGUGGACCUUUUUCAUUCGUGGCAGCCAAUGAGAGUCGCAGGCAGACAUUCGCCAACAAUGUCCUCAAGUUUCUUCAGGAGUACAAGUUAAACGGCGUCGACCUUGACUGGCGUUUCCCGGUCAAAGAGUCACGUGGAGGAAAUCCAGAAGACAGGGAUAACUAUGUCCAACUACUUCGGGUUUUUCACAAUACUCUUCGUACCAAGGGGUACACGGUUACAGCAACUGUGCCGAUCACUCCUUACUACCUCGAUGACGGGUACGACAUUGGGGAAAUGGUGAAGUAUAUCGAUUGGUUCAAUGUACUUGGAUUUAACCUUAGAAGCAGAGCGGACGGAAGAGCAGACGUCCACAGCCCACUGCACAGAAAAUCAACGGACACCGCUGCUUUAGAAAAGUUGAAUGUAGAAGAUGGACUCAAGCGGCUAGAAGAGCUCGGAGCCCCAAGAAAGAAACUCGUUGUUGGCAUUCCUUUCUUCGGACGGAGCUUUGUGCUCGCUGAUGCAGGGAAUCAUGGAGUGGGAGCUCCAACUACUCAGGCACCGGCAGCUCAGGGACCUUUUCUCGACAGCGAUGAAAUCCAGGCCUACUUUGAGAUAUGCGUAAACAUUUUAGACGGAACAUUCACAAGAGAGUUUGACAACGAAGGAAAGUGUCCCUACGUGUAUUACGAUGACCAGUGGAUUGGGUACGAAGACGAAGAGAGCGUUGGAAUUAAGCUGGAUUUUAUCAUAAAGGAGAAGUAUGCUGGCGUGAUGGUAUUCAAUAAUGACAUGGAUGACUUCAGAGGGGUGUGCGGAGUGAAUAAUCCCCUACUCAAAGUGAUCUUCGAAAAGCUUGCGGAUGCACCGUGAUAUGAACAAGACUGCCAUGCCAUGACACGCUUUAUGCGGCUACCAAAAUGCAGGAAAUGAUGCUCUCUGCGUUCGUAGACACCGAAAUUGCUUGCGCGCGCAUUAGUACCGCGCAUGUAACAACAACAACAACAAAUUUAUUUUAUGAUGAAGAAUGGGGACUUUCAUCGUUACUACGUCCCAUCACUUGAACAUACGUGUAUUCAUUCGUACACGAGCGUUCGUUUUAUUUCAUCUUUCCGUCACUGGGACUGAAGUAGCGAAUCCUCGAUGAGCGUCACCGGCUCCACUGUUGAUAAAUAUAUUUCCUUCACCUCCUCCUGCCAGUGUACUUUUGAGUGGUGAAUAAAGCGACCUUGGUUUUCGGUA